GUUAAAUAAUUGAAAAUGAUCAGAGCAUCAAAUUUUUUGGUAAAUAUUUCUCAAAAUGUGAGAUGUACACGGCAAUUUUCUUGCACGGCGAUACGUGCACUUGAUCAAAAAUGGCGUGAACAAAAAGGACUGCCGGGAAAUCCAAAUGCCUUUGGACCACUAACGAAUCUACCCGACUAUAGUUUUUUGGAUGGCCGUGCCACUCCACUUGGUUCUAACCAAAAACGCCGCUUGAAGAAACAACAGGAGAUCGCUGCUAAAAUUGUGACACUAAGUGGUGAAUUAGAUUUCGCAAAGAAACGAUAUGCUCGUAUACAAACUGAAGAGGCGGCCGCAAAAGAAAAUGUUAUAAAGAACAAGCUGAAACCCAAGGGACAUUUGCUUCUCAAAAAAGAAUAAAAAGGUGACGCCUUGUUUUUUUUGCAUAAUUCAUAGCUCAAUAUAAUUAAAAGUUUUUAUGUAAUAAAGUUAUAUACCAGAAUGCAUACCGAAGUUGUUAACAUAAA